AUGGGCCUGAUGGCACUUCCUCUAGCAGCAGGAAGUGGUUGCCCUCUGCCCCAGGAAGAGACAGAUUUACAACAAGAUAAACUAAAAAGAUCACCAAAUAUCAAGGAUGAUAAAUAUGUCUUAUAUGAUUAUAGACAAAGAAUCAAAAUCAGACUGGCAGCAGAUAUCACAAAAUUAGCACAUUUUGUGCCUCAGCUAGUGGCUCCCUCUGUUAGUUCUGCUUGGAGAGUAUUUUUUUUUAGCUUCUUCCAUCCUGCUCACAAACCCUGCCACCUCCUCCCGCCUUCUCUCUUUACAAAUGUUACCACACAAUCAGAAAUUUCCUCUUUUCUUCCCUUCUUGCCUUUUCAGCAGGUUCCUUUGCGUCAGAAAACAAGAAAGAAAACUCAAGGUUUUUUCACCAUGAGUCGGAGGAGGAUCUCCUGUAAAGACCUGGGGCACGCUGACUGCCAAGGGUGGCUCUAUAAGAAAAAAGAAAAGGGAACUUUCCUAAGCAACAAAUGGAAAAAGUUCUGGGUGGUGCUGAAGGGAUCCUCACUCUACUGGUACAGCAAUCAAAUGGCAGAGAAAGCCGAUGGAUUUGUCAACCUUCCUGAUUUCACUGUGGAAAGAGCAUCUGAAUGCAAGAAAAAGCAUGCUUUUAAGAUCAGCCACCCACAGGUCAAGACCUUUUAUUUUGCUGCUGAGAAUUUGCAGGAAAUGAAUGUGUGGUUAAACAAACUCGGAUUAGCUGUAAUCCACAAGGAAUCCACUACAAAGGAUGAAGAAUGUUACAGCGAGAGUGAACAGGAAGAUCCUGAAAUAGCAGGGGAGACAACACCUCCUCCAAACUCUUCAGAUACUCUGUCUCCGUUGGUUGCACAGAAAGCAUCUUCAUCCUCGCCCAAACUUAGUGAAACAUCACGCUCCUCCUCUUCCUUGGAAAAUGCAAUGGCGACACCCAGCACAUCAUCUUCUAAUUUACCCAAAGAAAGACAAUCCUGGAUCGCUAUUGUCAACAGUUCUGCUGCUGAAGCUGUCGGGCAACCUCUGAUGUUUUCUGUGCAGGUUCAUUCACCUGUACCCUCAGAAGCAAAUAGUCACCAGGCCCCAGAAAACAGCCGUGUCACCGCUGAAAGUGGAUUUUUGAACUCUUUAUCCAGUGAUGACACUUCUUCAUUGAAUAGCAACUUAGACCAUCUCACUGUCCCCGACAAGCCUCCUGGAUCAAAGACGAGAGACAAAGAUGAAACAAAAGUGUCUGAAGAUGAUGAAAUGGAGAAGCUCUACAAAUCAUUAGAGCAAGCAAGUCUAUCUCCUCUUGGUGACCGACGCCCUUCAACAAAAAAGGAGUUGAGAAAAUCCUUCGUGAAGCGGUGCAAAAAUCCUUCCAUCAAUGAGAAACUCCACAAAAUUCGCACGUUGAAUAGCACAUUAAAGUGCAAGGAACAUGACUUGGCCAUGAUUAACCAGUUGCUGGAUGAUCCCAAACUGACCGCCAGGAAGUACAGGGAAUGGAAGGUGAUGAACACUCUGCUGAUCCAGGACAUCUAUCAGCAGCAGCGCUUAUCUACAUCAGCCCCUGAAGACACCACACAGGAACAUGAAGAGCCACCCUCCUCAGUCUGUGUUGAAAGUUCCAUUUGAGAACAGACCCUUAUAACUUACCCCAAGCAACUAUUCAGAUGUUGCCAGAAAUGUGACUUAUCCCUUGUAAAGGAAGACUAAAACCCUCUUCUUUUUCAACCAUCACUCCAGCUCUAACAAGGCAUCUUCGAUGACACAAGAGAAUUGGAACUUGGGUUGAAGUGAUGUCAUGGAACCUGAAGAGAUUGAGGCCAUUGAACAGUUUUUCUGUUUCUUCUGGCAGCUUGUAGCUAUGGAAUGAAUGCUCUAGGUGGGAUGUGAGAAAUUUCUCUUCUGUUCCUUGCUCUAAAGAGACUUACCAUGUUCUUUGGACAGAAGACUGCUUUUACUAGGGAUUAACAUUCCUAGAAAAAAAAUGGAGUGAUGGUACCAUGAGUAGGGUAUUUGCCUUGCAUGUUGCUGACCUGGAUUCAAUCCCAGCAUCUCAACCUGCUAUGUCCCCAACUUCCCCAAACUGCCAGGAGUGAUUCAUGAGAGCAGAGCCAGGAGAAGCCCUGAACACCACCGGGUGUGGCCCCCAAAUAAAAAACCAAACCAAUGGACAACUGCUUCUCUUCAAUUAGAAAGAUUCUAUAUUCCCAGAGAAUAGUACAAAUAUUCUUCCUUCCCAGGAAGUUGAAUUCUCUAAACCCUUUGCUGAAUGGAGAACUGUUUCUAUAGCAACACUGGAGCAGGCCAUGUAGAAUUGUCCUGCUUUUGUUUCAGAAUAUUGGGACUUUUCUCGUGAUGAAGAACUACUUGAUGAUACAUAGUGUUUGUGAAGGCUCAUGAGAAGGCAUCUUCUGUAUUCCACUUGAGGAAUCAAACUAUAAUUUGAUAAUUUUAUUUGCUACUUGGUGGGGAUAUGGAAUCUGAUUAGUCUCUUCCUUUUCAAGGGUAAAACUAAAAACAGCUAUUUCAUUAAACUUGGAGACCUCUAUUGAGUCCAUAAUUUCUAACUCCCUGAGGGAAACAGUAAGUUCAAGAAGGAAAGCUUUCUUUUGUGCUAGUAUAGAACAUACACACCUCAUGAAUUUAUAUCCAUUUUCCCCGGGGGUGCUAUGGCCAUGGUGAUGAUGGCAUUUGAAUGGUUUUAGUAAUGUUAACCAAAAACCAAACAAAGCCAAUUAAGGAUUUAAAUCAUGAUUGUUUUAUUUUUGUAUGUCUAUAUGUGCUCUUUUGAGUCUUAUGUGAAUAGCUAUAUAUAAUAUGUUAUUUAAGAUAUUUAUAGAAUAUCAAAUUACUAGUGUUUAAAAAGAUGAUAUGCUAUCAUGUUUUGCUCAAUAUAUAACCUCAAAGUCUGUGCUUUUUUCUUGAGAGAAAUUGGAAUAUUAUUGAUUCACUGGAACUAUUAUAUUGCACUCUAAUGUAUGAAGAAUGCUCAGGAAAUCUUGUAGGAUGAAUGUGGGGCAUGUAUUAAUAAUCUCUCAUCUUCUCUGCUCUUUCUCUCUCUCUGUCAAUUCAGAGUUUAGAUUUCUCUGUUAGUGGUACCUCACUCUGGAAACAGAAAAGAACUUUCAUUUUAGAUUACCCCGUAGCAAAACUUUAAGCUUUCUGCCAUUUAUGCCUACAACCCCUAAACCAAAUGAAACA